AUGAUGAUUGAGGUCACCCACCGAUCAGAUCAUGACUUCAAUGAAACAGAUUAUUUAUAUGAAAUAGAAACACCGUGUAAUCACCAGAGGAACCACAAUGUUGAGCUCGUGAUCCACUCCAUCAUCUGCAUCCUGGGCUUCAUGGGGAACAGUCUGGUGAUCGUCACCUACGCCUUCUACAAGAGGACAAAGUCCAUGACUGACGUCUACCUGCUCAACAUGGCCAUUGCAGACCUGGUCUUUGUGGUAUUACUGCCUCUUAUCGUCUACAACGAGCUGACGGCGUGGUCUAUGGGGCCGGUCGCCUGCAAGCUACUGCACGGCUCCUACAGCAUUAAUCUAUACAGCGGCAUGCUGCUGCUCGCCUGCAUCAGCACUGACCAUUACAUUGCCAUCGUCCAGGCUCGCCGCAGCUUCAGACUGCGCUCUCUUCAGUACAGUUGCCUCAUCUGCACCAUCGUCUGGGUCUUUGCCUUACUGCUGUCCGUCCCUUCCUUCUACUUUUACAACUGGUAUGAUGCGUCCCACACAGAGAGCAUCCUUAUCACUGAGGAGGGGACCCUUGACUUUGAGCCCUCUCAUUAUGUCUGCGAGUUCAAGUUCACGGACACCGCUAUAGCCAAGAUAGCAAGGCUGGCGAUCCCCAGCACCCAGCUGGCUGUGGGCUUCUUCCUGCCACUGCUCAUCAUGGUCUUCUGCUACACCGCCAUCAUCAUCACCCUGCUCAAAGCCAAGAACUUCCAGCGGCACAAGGCUGUGCGGGUGGUGCUGGUGGUGGUGGCGGUGUUCGUCAUCUGCCAUCUUCCCUACAACGUCACACUGCUCUAUGACACCAUCACCAUGUUUGGAGAAAUGACAUGUGAAGACUCAGAUGCCUUACUCACAGCCAAGACAGUGACGCAAACCAUUGCCUACCUGCACUGCUGCCUGAACCCGGUCCUGUACGCCUUCAUUGGGGCGGAAUUCAGAAACCACUUCAGGAGGAUCGUCCGGGGUGUGUGGUGUCUGGGGAAGAGGUACAUCGCCUCUCAAUGCUUCUCCAGGACCACCUCAGAGGUUUACUUGUCCACACGCUGCUCAGUGGAUGGAACCAGUGAAAACGGCUCGUCUUUCACCAUGUGA